CGUGCGUGUCUGCAGGACGGAUAGGUCGCGCAGCUGCAGCAGCAAACAAGCAGCGGCAGUAGCGGAGUUGCGAGCGAUUCCGACUUCUCUAACCAAAAAAAAAAAAAAAAAAAACCCUCCGACUUCUUUUUAUAGCAGCUCUUCACCCACCAAAAUGCCUUGGACUUCCCACUGUUUCUUUAAAGGAAUAUACGCUGGAUAUAACAUCUGGUAGUUGCGGAAAAGAUGACUAAUUGUGAAAUGAGCCGCGAAGAAAAAAGUGUGCCUUGUUUGGAGCUGAAGGGGUUGUGUGCCACAACAUAGGAGUGGAAGCGCAUCGAGGCCAGCAGCUGCCUGUAGCACCAGCUAGCUGGUUAGCUUACAAAGGUUACAGGUGUUUAGGACUAUCUAUUCGGGGCCGAUGCUGACAGUUCAGCCCGGAUCACGGCAACGCCAGGAGCCGCUACAGCGAUGCAGCCCCAGCAGAUGUACGACUUUUCGAGUGAAGAGAACAGUCACAAGUGGAGAGGCCUCUUCGUGCAAGCUCUAAAAAAGGUACAGGAGCAGGUCCACCCAACCCUGAAAGCAAAGGAGGAUGCCCUGCAGCACAUUGAAGAGCUGAUCCUGCAGCUGCUCAACAUGCUGUGUGUGGCCCAGCCUCGCACGGUGCAGGAUGUAGAGGAGCGUGUGCAGAAAACCUUUCCCCACCCUAUAGAUAAGUGGGCAAUUAACGACGCCCAGGCAGCUAUUGAGAAACGCAAGAGAAGAAGCCCCUUGCUUCUCCCUGUGGACAAAAUACACCCAUUGCUUAAGGAGGUUCUGGGCUACAAGGUGGACUACCAUGUGUCCCUGUACAUUGUGGCAGUACUUGAAUACAUAUCAGCAGAUAUACUCAAACUGGCCGGCAACUACGUCGGCAACAUUCGGCACUAUGAAAUCACCCAGCAGGACAUCAAGGUCUCCAUGUGUGCAGACAAGGUGCUGAUGGACAUGUUUGACCAGGAGGAGGACAUCGGCUUGAUGUCGCAGUUCACCGAGGAGCCCUUGUCGCUCGCGGAGCUUUCGUAUGACGAACUGGUGAAGCUUGAAAUCGCAGAGGAGCGGCAGUAUCUGCGGGAGCUCGAUCUUAUUAUUAAAGUGUUCCGGAACCACUUCCUGUCCCACCCCAAAGUCUUCACAGAUGAGGAUGUCGAGGUGAUCUUCAGCAACAUCUUGGACAUCCACGAGCUGACCGUGAAGCUCCUGGGUCUGAUCGAGGACGCGGUGGAGAUGACUGCUGACGGCAGUCCUCAUCCGCUGGUGGGCAGCUGCUUUGAAGACCUAGCAGAGGAGCAGGCGUUUGACCCGUACGAGACCCUGUCGCAGGACAUUCUUGGCAAGAAAUUCAAUGAGCACUUCCAUGAAAUGAUGCAGAGACAAACAGUUUGCCAACACUUCGGGUCUAAUAUGGGAGGCUUUAAGGAGUGCGUUCAGUAUGUCCUUCCCCAGCUGAUGAAGGUUCCGGUGUACCACUGUCUUCACUACUUUGAGCUACUGCAGCAACUUCAGGAACGUAGCAAAGAACAAGACGACAGAGAAUGUCUGAAACAGGCGAUUACUGCCUUGCUUAACCUGCAGUCCAGCGUGGAGCGCAUCUACGUCAAGCACCAGCCUCGUCGUAAACCUGUCGAGGCCAUCUACCGCCGCUACAGCCGGCAGGUACGCGGCAAGCAGCUGGCCAUCAAGCGAAUGAUCGAGAUCCAGAAGAGCAUCGACGGCUGGGAGGGGAAAGACAUCGGCCAGUGCUGCAACGAGUUCAUCACCGAGGGGACGCUCAUACGAGCCGGCGCCAAGCACGAGAGACACAACUUUCUGUUCGACGGCCUCAUGAUCAGCUGCAAGGCCAAUCAGAGCUCACGGCUGCCGGGGUCCGGCAGCGGCGCGGAGUACCGCCUUAAAGAGAAGUUCGUGCUGCGGAAGAUCCGCAUCGUGGACCGCGAGGACUCCCAGGAGCUGCAGCACGCGUUCGAACUAAUUUUCAAAGACGAAAACUCUGCGGUUUUCUGCGCACGGACAGCGGAGGAGAAGGCGAACUGGAUGGCGGCGCUGAUGGCGCUUCAGUACCGCUCCACGUUAGACCGCAUGUUGGACUCCAUCCUGCAGACGGAGGAGCAGCAGCGUCCCCUCAGGCUGCCCUCGCCGGAGGUCUACCAGUUUGCCGUGCAGGACUCGGAGGAGAACAUCGUGUUCGAGGACCGAGUGCAGAGCAAGACCGGCAUCCCCAUCAUCAAGGCCGGCACCGUGGUCAAGCUCAUAGAGAGGCUCACCUACCACAUGUAUGCUGAUCCCAACUUUGUGCGCACAUUUCUCACCACCUACCGAUCAUUCUGCAAACCACAGGAGCUGCUCACCCUUCUUAUAGACAGGUACAAUUUACUAUGGCAAAAAUACAGUGCAAGCACACACACACACACACACACACACACUUUCUACUGCCGUGGUUUCUUUACAGCAUCAUUUUCCCAUGUUUAGUUUUACUGAAGUAUG